GGCGAACAAGACGCAAAAUACGGUUCAGAAAAAACAAUAGAGAGAACAAAUCGAAAACCAUGCGAAGUGAUUGCUUAGUUUUGGCUCUGGGCCUGGUGCUGCUGGUGGGAUCUGUGGCCGGAAAAUCCUCAUCGCUGUCCGAUGGAGACCGGGACCAGUGGGUGUGGCGCUCCUACAACCGACAGCAGCGAUCCUUUCGCGACGGAGGAGGCGACAUCGGCAGGAGUAGAAGCGCCGCCAUAAGGAAUUCGUACGACAACAAGCUGAGACGAGAGCCCACCACGCGCAGACCGUUGCCUGGAGAGCCCGAGAACGAUGAGAUCGAGGACUAUGCGGAUGCGGUGGAUCCCAACCGGGCAUCCCAGGACACCACUACUCCCAAUGUGGGCACGCGGCAGUACAAUCCGUACGGGGGACAGCCGAAUGCGGGCCAAUUUGGCGGAUCGGGACUCUCUGGAGGAUAUGGCGGCAGUCCGGGAGUUCUUGUUGGACCGGGAGGACCCACUGGAAUCAUUGGACGGCAGCCCUUGUAUCCGUCUCCCUACCAGCCGGGCUAUGGGGGAUUCAACGGAGCCCAGAACGGCAUUGGAGGGUAUCCGGGCGGAAUCUAUGGCGGAGCAUCAGGUGCAGGACUCCAGGGCUAUCCAGGAGCUUCUGGAGCGGGCUAUCCAGGUGGCAGUCUAGGAGGAGCCUUUGGCGGCUACCCCAGCAACGGCCUGGGCGUCGGCCAAUUCCCUGGCUCGGGCGGACAAUAUCCCUUCGGGGGAUCCUACCCAGGAGGAGAUUUCAACGGCAAUCAGUUUUCAGGUCAGUUCCCUGGCAACGGGGGACAGCAGUAUCCCUCGAAUCAGUUUGGCGGCGGCGGACCGCAGUACACAGAGGGCUAUGGUCUGGCCGGAGGACUGGGUCUCGGACAGCUGGGCAUCGGAGGGGCAGGAGGAGGUCCCUAUGGAGGCGGAAACUUUGGCUUUGAUGAAAAGUCGUCCCCACCGGUGGUGGCCGAAGGCAAGAGCGCCAAGAGUGUGGAUGCGGCGCCCAGGAACGUGAACGAUAAGCUAAGCAAGAAGAUCUAGGAUCCAGGACCCACGAUCCAGGAUCAGGAGAUCCCUUAGACGUACUCCCACCCCGCCCGUCAGUUGUAAAUAGAACCCCACUGUCCCUACUAUUUUUUUUGCUUAGUUAUAGUUCCUAGACCUAGAAACGAAUCGAAUCGAAUAAAUCAUUAGAGCGAAGAG